AUGUCUAAGAAAGUUCAAAACGAUUUAAUAGAAAUUAUCUCAAGUAAAGUAUCAUAAGAUUGCUAAAUUCAAAGACCAGCAAUAAAGGAAUUAGUCAAUUUGAUGUUCAGUUAGAAAAAAUACUUCAAAAAUUAUGAGUACUUAAGCAAUGGCGAUUGUGCUAUUAUCUUAAAGGCUUAUAAUUCUUAAAAGAGUCGCAAAGUAGCUCUCAAAUUCUUAGGGAGUUCAAACCAAAAGGACAAGAAUGGAAUCGAAUCUUUGAAAAAGGAGUAUGAAAUGCUUCAAAUGUUUAGCCAAUCAGAAUUUUUAGUAAAUUUCUAUGAUUGCUUCUACUUAAUGGAAGAAAAAGAAGAUGAAGAUACUGAUGGAAACGAUAUUAUUGUUUAAACUGGAGUCAAAUCCUUCUUUGUAAUGGAAAUGGAGCUUUGCGAGAAUAAUCUCAAAUAACUCUUUGAUUUCCUCAGAAAAUAAUAAGUUCCGCCUCCAAAAGAGAUGAAGGAAAUAAUAGCCAUUUAAAUGAUAGACGGAUUGAAUAACCUUCAUGUCAAAAAUAUUAUGCAUAGGGAUAUCAAACCUUCAAAUUUCCUUGUUUGCACUUCUAAGGAAUAUGGUUUCUCAAUCAAACUUUGUGAUCUAGGUUUUGCAUCAGCUGUGUCUAAAUCAAAAAGCUUCUUGUCUAAGAAAGGAACUGCUGCAUAUUUUGCUCCAGAAGUGGAAGAAGGAAAAUCUAGAAUUCAGUCAGACCUCUUUUCGCUAGGACUUGCUUUAUUAGAGCUUGACAACCUCAAAACUCUAAAUGAGAAUUGGAUAGACACCAAAACAAAAAAUUAUCUAUUUAACGGAGAAGAAAUACCUAAAGAAAAAUAUUAGAUAGAUAAGAAUUCUAAUAUUUACAAAAUAGCUAAAAUAUGCUUACAACCUUGGUAUUUAGACAGGAUUACAGCAGGAGAAUUGCUAUCCUCGCUCAUCUAAAUGCAUGGUUAACCAUGA